AUGAGCUCCUCAGAGGACGAAAUACCUCUCGCUCGCGCAAAUGGGCGCGCAAAGGCUUCCUCUGCCUCUGCCACACCAAACGCAAACGGUAACGGUGAUCUGGCGAGUGGAAUCUCUGUUCGAUUCGGCACCGUACAGGACAAGGACGUGGAAAUGGAAGAUGCGGAUGCGGCGCACGGCGCGAGUAAGCGCAAGUCUCGUACUAGCAUUGGCCAGAAAAAGUCAUAUGUCGAGCCGCAAAGUAGUGAGGAGGAGGACGAACCCCUGAGCAAACGCCGACGAACAUCGGUCAAACACGAAGACCCCGAGUCUGAUGCGGACGUACCCCUGGCUUUGAACGGACGAAAACUUCCCAAAGCAUCGGAAACGGCUAUCGGAGAGGAAUCUGACUCUGAUGUUCCCAUUGAGAAGAAACUCUCUGCACAAAAGAAGAGGAUUGAGCAAAAAGCCGCCAAGGAAGCUCGCACUGCCCGCAAGCCUGCUCCGAAAAAGGAAACCAAGCCUGCAGCAACCAAGAAACAGACUAACGGUGUCAAAAAGGAGCCGACCGAUGACAAGUCUACCAUCAAGAAGGUGAAGGCCGAGUCGGCCACCCCGAAGAAGGGCAUCAAGGUCAAAGCGGAGAGUGAGGAUGCGGACGAGAAGGCCGACGAAGAUGAAGAAGAAGAGUAUAAGUGGUGGGAGGAUACGGCAAAGGGCGAUGGUACCCAGAAGUGGACAACCCUUGAACACAGUGGUGUUGUUUUCCCGCCACCGUAUGAGCCCUUGCCAAAGAACGUCAAGCUCAUUUACAACGGAAUUCCAGUCACUCUACACCCGGAAGCUGAAGAGGUUGCCGGAUUUUUCGGAGGCAUGCUCAACUCCACUCAUAACGUCGAAAACCCUGUUUUCCAGAAGAAUUUCUUUACAGACUUCAAGGAAAUCGUCAAGACGACCGGUGGUGCCAAGGAUGCCCAAGGCAAGAAGGUGGACAUCAAGGAGUUCUCCAAGUGUGAUUUCAAGCCCAUUUUUGAGUUCUUUGAUGCCCAACGCGCGGAGAAGAAGAACCUUCCGCCUGCCGAAAAGAAGCGUUUAAAGGCCGAGAAAGAUGAGCAAGAAGCCCCUUUCCAGUUCUGUAUUUGGGAUGGUCGCAAACAAAAAGUCGGCAACUUCCGUGUCGAACCUCCUUCGCUUUUCCGUGGACGAGGUGAGCACCCCAAGACUGGCCAUGUCAAGACUCGUGUGCAGCCAGAACAAAUCAUCAUCAACAUCGGCAAGGAAGCAACUGUGCCACCACCCCCACCUGGCCACAAAUGGAAGGAGGUGAAGAAUGACCAAGAAGGCACAUGGCUUGCAAUGUGGCAGGAGAAUAUUAAUGGCAACUACAAGUAUGUCAUGUUGGCCGCCAAUUCCGAUGUCAAGGGUCAAAGUGAUUACAAGAAGUUUGAAAAAGCCCGUGAGCUCAAGAAGUAUAUUGAGAAGAUCCGCAAGGAUUACCAGAAGGCCCUGAAGCAUGACCUAAUGGUAGAGCGCCAGAAAGCUACGGCCGUCUACCUUAUCGAUCAGUUUGCCCUGCGUGCAGGAAACGAGAAAGGCGAGGAUGAGGCCGAGACUGUUGGUUGUUGCUCACUCAAAUAUGAGAACAUCAGCUUGAAGCCUCCGAAUACCGUCGUCUUUGACUUCUUGGGUAAAGACAGUAUUAGGUUCUAUGACGAAGUGAAGGUCGACCCUCAGGUUUUCAAGAAUCUGAAGAUCUUCAAGAAGGCACCCAAGAAGAAUGGUGACGAGGUGUUCGAUCGAUUAACUACUUCUGCUCUCAACAAACACUUGCAGAACUACAUGGCUGGUCUUACUGCCAAGGUCUUCCGUACCUACAACGCCUCUUUCACCAUGAGCGAGGUGCUCAAGGAGAUGAAACCCACUGGUACGAUCGCUGAGAAGAUCAAGGCCUACAAUGAUGCCAACCGGAAGGUUGCUAUCCUGUGUAACCAUAAGCGGACAGUCACUGCUGGCCAUGCCAAUCAAAUGGAGAAAAUGAGUGAACGGAUCAAGGGACUUCGCUAUCAGAAGUGGCGUUUAAAGCAGCAGAUGCUUGAUCUAGAACCCAGUCUGAAGAAGAAGAAGGGUGCAUCUUUCUUCGAGAUAGAUGAAGACCUUACCAAAGAAUGGAUCAAAGAUCACCAACAAUUUCUACUUCUGGAGCAGGAGGAGAAGAUCAAGAAGAAGUUUGAGAAGGAUAACGAAAAACGCGUUGCUGAUGGUGAGAAGGAGAUGAAAAUGCCCGAACUCACCGAGCGCCUGGAGCCCGUCAAGGAAAUGGAAAAGAAGUAUAACAAGGAAAACAAGACCGGCAAGGUUGAAGCUGAAGGCAGAGGUCCAACUGUGGAAAAGAUCGAAGCGGCCAUUGGGAAGCUGGAUCAGCGUGUUGAGACAAUGUCCCUCCAGGCCCAGGACAAGGAAGAUAACAAGGAAGUUGCUCUUGGCACCUCAAAGAUCAACUACAUUGAUCCUCGCCUUACUGUUGUCUUCAGCAAAAAGUUCAAUGUCCCCAUCGAGAAAUUCUUCUCCAAGGCCCUGCGUGAGAAGUUUGAAUGGGCCAUCAAGUCUGUUGAAGAGGAUUGGGAGUUCUAA